CUCUCAAAAAAAAUUAGAAAAAGUUUGUUUCGAGAACUUUCAUCGUAUGUCACCACAAGAAUAUUGGGAAUCUCCUGGUGUCGGUUAUGAGCUUUCGAAAAAAGCAAAUUUUAUAACUAGUUUACACUUGUUAAAUUCUUGUUCACUAUUGGCAAAAUUAUCAGAUUUUGUCAAUUUGCAAGAAUUAACUCUUCAAUGUAUCCACGAUCAAUCAUGCGAAUAUACGGAUUCAUUAACCUCUGCAAAUAUACCUAUACUUCGUGAUUUAGCAAAACUUAAAUUUAGAUGCAAGCAUGAUUAUAGUUUAGAAUAUUUAACAAGUUUGGUUGAUAAAUCUGUUGGAAAAUUACGAAAAAUUACCAUCGAAGGUUCUCGAAUCAAGGAUACAAGAAGAUGUGAUUUAUUAAUGUAUACAAUUGCCAAUAAAUGUCCAAAUCUGAAAUCCUGUUCGAUACCAAUUUCACGUACGGAUCCUCAAAUUGAUCGUUUAUUGGAAUCUUGUGAACAAUUAAAGGAUUUAAAACUUUGCGCCGUUCCCGAUACUUUGAAUGAUGAUGAUAAUAAUGAUGUUAUAUUAUAUCAAUUACUUAAUUGUACACCUACUAGACUACGUAGGUUAGAUUUUGUUGAUUGGAAAUUUUCAAUAUCAGCAUGGGAAUUAUUUCUAAAAACACAAUCAAAAACUUUACUACAACGUAUAUGCUAUUAUUGGAAUGAAAAUUCUAAGAUUGCAAAUCCAUCUGAAGAAUUUCUUAAGGCCUGUCAACAAAAUAAGAGGGACGGAAUAUUAGCAACGUACAAGGUCAUUGAUUC